UAAAAGUCAAAGUAGUGAUUAUUUAAUAUUUUUUUAAAAUUAAUUUAUAAAAUUUAAGCUAUAUAACCUUGUAACUACAUAUAUAGCAUAUCUGAGAUACUUAUGUGACAAAAUGAAAUUUUCUAUAAUGAAUGCAGUUAAUGUGACACUUUAGUAUGGAAGGAUUUACGAAGGAUUGCUUCUGCAUAAAGAGCAUUACAGUAACUCAGUUAGAAAAAGAUUAUACGAAACUAAAGCGGAUUUGCGUAUUUUAUACUCGUGGCUACCGUUUUAGCACCAUAAAGCCGACAUGUCAAUUGUGUGUAGAGGUCUUGUAGCCUCAAUACUCGAGUACGCCUGAAAAAUAUUUACGAAAAUUGUUCACCAUUGACAUGAAAAUUCAUCGCCACAAUGAAUUCGAAAAGCGGAAACACACCUUCCGCAUCACGCAAUCCAGCGUACAAUGCUGCAGCCCUAGAAAAAAUAAAAGAUGAUUUGAAGUCAUAUGAAGCCGGACAUGGAAUUCCACAGAGCCCAUCCACUUCAAGGUUAAUACGAAAAACAAGCAUUGAAAGAGAAAUACCACAGUCUUCCGUACAUCUACAACGAAGCAGCCCUGCGAUAGAUUCGGGUGCAGGAAGCUCGCGUUCAAACAGUCCUCAUUCACAACAGCAACAAGGGUCUGGAAGAGCACAGUUUUCUCCUUCACCAUGCCCUUCUAAUUUCAGUGAUGUGCCCCCUAAACCACCACCAAGAUGCUCUUCUACUCCAUCAACACCACCGCCUCUUCAGCAGUUUCUCAAACGAAUGUCGCCUGCAUCUGUGCCUACUUCACGCAAUGGCCAAUUUCAGUCGCCAAGUCCUGCACGUGGUACAUCUCCUAUAUCGAGUAAUAGCAAUCUAAGGCAACCCAUUGUAGUGCAAAACGGUCCACAGGUUCAACAACAAUUAAAUCAACAAAUGUCAGCAUUUUAUAGUAACAGCACAACAGAACCACCUCCACCUUAUCCUAUUUUGCCUAUCAGCCAGGUAGCUCCACCAAGUUAUAUGAUAUCUAUGCAAUGUAGACAAAGUCCUACACAAACAUCGCAAGAUUUUCGCAAAAGUCCUAGUUCGGGCAUCUAUUCCAGCGCCUCUGCAGGAUCGCCGUCCCCUAUAACCGUGUCGCAAAAUAUCGCUCUGAGCAAUUCAACAGCAAAACCAAUUGCAUUGCCACCAGCAAGAAGUGCUCGUCAAACAAAUACACAACUCCCAAUUAUAAUGCAUUCGGUGAAAUCAACACAAGUUCAAAAACCAGUUUUACAAAAUGCUGUGGCUCCUGCUUCUCCGACAACAGGCACCUGUUCAUCUUCUGUGCCAUCUAGUUCAACACCUCCUCCACCUCCUCCGUCCUACGCAAAGUCGUUGCAACAGAAACAUAUAAACAAGAAGCCAGGCAAUGUUUCUGCUAGCCAACAACACAUUUCACCGGAAAAUAGGCAAGGUGCAACAAUCAACACAGGGCCGGGAGUGCUGCCAGCAAAAGCUUCAGACAGUAGGGUUUCAUUAAUUGCUAGUAACGCCGAGCCACCAUCAUAUGAUACAACCAUGAUACUGAAACAAAAACACCCACAACAAAAUAAUUUACAACCGCCUCCACCUUAUACAGAAGGAUGCAUUAUCUUUAGUGCCAGCAAUAAUAAUGAUAACAGUAAUUUACAUGAUACAGAAAUCGGUAGUAAUAUUGUACAUAGUACUAGUAAUAAUAAUCUCAACAUGUUAAACCACACUAAUAAUAAUAGUCAAUGUUCUAGUACUUUAACGAGUAAUAAUAAUACUAUUGUUAACAGUACCAACAACAGCAACGCUGGAAAAAAUAUGUCCGAGAAGUUAAACUAUGCUGUAACAUUUAGUUCGAAAGCAAAUGAGCCAUGUGUAUCAGGUAUCGUUAAAAACGUUACCUAUAAUAACGGUAGCAAAAAUGUCAAUUUAUCUAUCGGAUCCUCGGCGGUACGGUGUACCAAUCAGCAGCUACGUUUUGAAAUGGGAGGUAAUAAUAACGAUGUUAGACAAAGCUAUCGGUCCAAUGCAAGGCUCAAUUUUGCACACAAUACAACUUUAGAUGACCAAGAAAAGGCAUCUAUUAAAAAAAAUCAACUACAAGGGGAACAUCCCAAAAAAAUAAAACACCAAUCUCCAAUUCCAGAACGAAAAAAUAUUUCAAAGGAAAAGGAAGCUGAGCGGUUUGAGUGUAAAGUUCGACACUACUCACCACAAGCUUAUAAAUUUUUUAUGGAACAGCAUAUUGAAAACGUAUUGAAAUCGUACACACAACGAAAUUUUCGUAUUAAACAGUUGGAGAGCGAAAUGUCCAAACUGGAUCUUCCAGAAGAAACAAAAAUUGAGAUGCGUAAACUCCUUUGUCAAAAGGAAAGCAACUAUAUUCGCCUAAAACGCGCUAAAAUGGACAAAUCAAUGUUCGCACGAAUCAAGACCAUAGGAUUGGGAGCAUUUGGCGAAGUAACAUUAGUUAAGAAAAUCGAUACUCCUAACCAUCUGUACGCGAUGAAAACACUUCGAAAAGCAGAUGUCCUGAAACGGAAUCAAGUAGCACACGUCAAAGCUGAGAGAGAUAUUUUGGCUGAAGCGGAUAAUGAAUGGGUUGUGAAAUUGUACUAUAGCUUCCAGGAUAAGGAAAAUUUAUAUUUCGUGAUGGAUUAUAUUCCAGGCGGUGAUUUAAUGUCUCUUUUAAUUAAAAAAGGAAUCUUCGAGGAGGAUUUAGCUCGAUUCUAUGUUGCUGAAUUAACGUGUGCUAUAGAAAGUGUUCAUAAAAUGGGAUUUAUCCAUAGGGAUAUAAAGCCCGAUAACGUAUUGAUUGACAGAAAAGGCCAUAUAAAGCUCACAGAUUUUGGUUUGUGUACAGGAUUCCGAUGGACUCAUGAUUCUAAAUAUUAUCAAAAAAAUGGAGACCAUGCGAGACAGGAUUCAAUGGAAGCAUGGAGUAAAGCUGGCACAGAAAUUCCACCACCUUUAGAAAGGCGAAAAUUUAGAGAAAAGAAUCGGGCUAAGGCACAUUCAAUUGUUGGAACUCCCAACUAUAUUGCUCCAGAAGUGUUAUUGAGAAGUGGUUAUACUCAACUCUGUGAUUGGUGGAGUGUUGGUGUUAUUUUGUACGAAAUGUUGGUAGGACAACCACCUUUUCUGGCCAAUACAGCUGAAGAAACACAAUUAAAGGUAAUCAACUGGAGAUUGACACUGAAAAUUCCAGCAGAAGCUCAACUAUCACCGGAAUCACAAAAUAUUAUCCUUCGAUUAUGCCAAAAUGAAGACGAGCGGAUAGGAAGGAACGUCGAUGAAAUAAAAUCGCAUCCAUUCUUUCGAAGCAUCGAUUUUACAAAAGAUUUGCGAAAUCAGACUGCUCCUUAUGAACCAAAAAUUAAAUAUCCUACUGACACUUCUAACUUUGACCCGAUUGACCCAGCGAAGCUGCACGAAUCUUCAUGCGAAGAAGCUGGACACAGCUUUGAUGAGCCUUUGGACAGUAACAAGCCUUUUCAUCAUGGAUUUUUUGAGUUCACCUUUCGGAGGUUUUUCGACGAUGAAGGCGAUUACAAAAUUUCUCUUGACGCUAAUGAUAGUCAGACUGAGGCCAUAUAUGUAUGAGAAGUGUAGCGGAUAUUAAGGCCUACAAUAUCCAUAUGCUGAAUGACCCGUGUGUUGUUAAAUUAUGAAACUUUUGCUCCACAAUGAUUCAAUAUUGCAUGUUUGUAACCAAUGUUUUAAAGUCAUUUGGAAACAGUACCCUACCAGUAAGGGUCAAUUUCUCCACCUAUGCUUAACUUUUAAACCAGGUUUAACGCAUCGGUUAAAAGUUAAACAGGGGGGAAAAUCGACCUUAAGAGAGAGAUAUGCGAAGACCAGGGUUGCCAAAAUCAAAUUUGCACUUUUAUCCAACAAAAUCUUUUCAUCUGUAUUUAUUUUCCAAAAAAUUUGUAACGAUAUCUGUAUCGAGCUAAUUAAACUCAAUUUUAAUUCGUAGGAUAUUAUCUUGUUGAUCUUUGCUGUAUUAAACGCUUGAUAGUAAUCAUUUAUUUCAGAGCUUAACUAUUCCUCUGAAUAAAAUUAGGAGCACCCUCGAAGAAUUAAUUUUUUUUUUAUAAAAUAAUGCUUAUUUUUCACUGAAUAAUGUACUAUAAUAGAAUUAUAACUUUGAUGUAAUAAA